AUGAAGCGGGCGAGGCGGGCCGCGCCGGGCCCCCUGCCCGUGCUGGGGCUGCUGCUGCUGGGCGCCCUGCCGGGGCUCUGGACGGUGCUACUGCGGCGGGAGGCGGCGGCGCUGCCAGAGCCGCGCCCGCCCGCCGGGCAGUCCCCGGGGCGAUGGGGCUGGGGGCGCUCCCCGCCGGUGCGGGGCGAGUCCGGCGGCGGCGGGCAGAAAACUUUUCGGACGCUGCUGGCGGUGCCGGCGGCGGCGACGGACCGGGAGGAGCGGGACGGUGAGGAGCGGCUCGCUGUGACCGACUCGCAGCCGCCGGCCGACGCCGCCUCUCCGGUGGAGCGGGGCAUCUUCUGGAGCCGCGAGCUGGAGGAGCAGGUGCCGCCGGGCUUCGCGGCGGAGGAGGCGGCGGCGUGGCUGGCGGCCGCCCGCGCAGCCCGCGUGGCCUCGCUGGAGCGGGGCGGCUGCGGGCGCAGCUCCAACCGGCUGGCGCGGCUGUCGGACGGGAGCCGCGCCUGCGUCCGCUACGGCAUCAACCCGGAGCAGAUCCAGGGCGAGGCGCUCUCGUAUCACCUGGCCGGGGUGCUGGGCAUGCAGGAGCGGCUGCCGCCCAUGGCCCUCGCCCUGGUGGAAGCCCGCGGGCGGCAGUGGGAGCCGGUGCGCGAGGAGCUGCGCGGCUCGCACUGGGCCGAGGGCGCCGUGGUCAGCCUGACCCGCUGGGUGGACAAUCUCACCGCCGUGGUGGCUCCCGCGCCCUGGGGCGCCGAGGCGGGCGCCGGCCGGCGGCUGCAGCCGCUGUCGGCGGGGGAGCUGGUCGGGCUGUCGCCGUCGCAGCUGGUGGAGCUGGUGCAGUGGAGCGAUCUGAUCCUCUUCGACUACCUGACGGCCAACUUCGACCGCCUGGUCAGCAACCUCUUCAGCCUGCAGUGGGACCCGCGGGUGAUGCGCCGCGCCACCAGCAACCUGCUCCGCGCCCCCGACGGCGGGCUCGUCUUCAUGGACAACGAGGCGGGGCUGGUGCACGGCUACCGCCUCCUCUCCAUGUGGGACCCCUACAACGAGCCGCUGCUGCGCUCCGUGUGCGUGUUCCGCGAGGGCACGGCCCGCCGCGUGGCCGAGCUGCACCGCCGCCGCAGCGCCGCCGCCGAGCUGCGCCGCCGCUACCGGGCGCGGGAGCCGCUCUGGGCGCGCCUCGGCUUCCUCUCCGAGCGCCAGGCCGAGCUCCUGCAGGCCCGCGUCGACUUCGUGCACCGGCACAUCGCCCACUGCCGCGCCCAGGCCGCCGUGCUCUGAGCGCCCCGGGGCCGCGGCGUUCCCGCUUGCUUUCCUCCGCUCCCGGGCAGACUUGGCCCGGCAGCGGCCGCGGGCCGGAGCUGACCCAGGCUGCCACCUCGGUGCCCCGCAGUCGCUGCCGGGGACGGGGGAAGUGAUGGGCUACCUGCCUGCCGGGGCUGUCGAGAGGAGCGAUUGAUUCGCUUUGUCAAGAACUCUGAGGAUGCAGAACGCUAUAAUCGCUAUAAUUACUGCCCAGUUCCACUCCAGGACUCUGCCCCCAGAGUUGGAAAAAUGAGAGGGUUCAGCAUCUUCAGUUCCUUAACUCUCUUCGUGCACUCGCCCUCAUAAGAGACCCCAUAGGAAAGCAUUCGUCUUUUGUCUGGAUUGGGGUCGAAUAACUUGUUUCCUUCCAACGAAGGCAGGCAGAAAUUUUUUUUAUAUAUUAUUCCUUUUGCAACGGCAUAUUUAAGUAUGAAUGUUGAUGUUCAUAGACCAAGAACUGAUUGCACAAUAGGGGAGCCCCUAACUAGCAAAACUGCCCUAUUUAUGAAACUUAUUUCCUACCAGUUUUCUUUAACGAGAGUGAACCUUUCCACUGAUUGUUAAAUCUUGUUGAUGAGAAGUGUAUAGGAAGCCCAUAUUCUUAGGUUUUUUUGUGGAUUCAUUGGGUUAAACUGCUCUGAUUUUUAAGGGUUUGCUUGUAAUCUUCAUAAUUUCAUCUCACCAGUAAAGUAACUGACUAAUGGGUGGCACAAGAAGAUCUCCCAUUUUUUAAAAAUAUUGCUAUGUGUUAAGACUUUGACACAAUAGUUAAAGUGGAGGAAAAACUGUUUCAUGCACUUUACUUUGACUUUUUAAUAUUUUUUUUAUAGAAGACCUUUUUGUUUUACAAAGUCUUCCUUUUAUGUACAUUGUAUAUGUUCAUAAACUUUUCUGUAACAUACUAAAGAAACUGAUAUUUCAGUAAAGUGUGUUAAUGUUUUGCCUUCUGUGGCCUGGAUGUUUGCCUGAGCUUUGACAGGGAAGCGUGCAUCUCCUUGGUCUUUCCUGCUGGGUGAUGGAGGUCACCACUUCACAGCUUGUCACUCCACUGAACAGAAUGAACUUUUACUCAUUCCCUCUGAGGCAAGGAGUGGUAGAGUUAAGCUUUCAAACACUACCCUCAUUCCUAGGUGUCCCUGAAAUGGGAAAAGCUCUUGGAGUGGCUAAAGCAGUGUGAGUGCUUCGGCUGAAUAGACAUUUAUCUGGUUUUCAAAGCCUGAAAUGGAGUGCCUGGGCUAACCCCGAGAUAAUUGAAGCAGUUAGCUUCAGCAAGCUGACAGAGCAGGUGAGGGCUAGCUGCUGUCAGCCUUUUUGGGUGCUGGGACUGAAAACCAACCUGGCACAGGUCAUGUCACCUGUUCCUGCUCCAGAGGCCUGUCCAGGGAUGGCAGUUGCUUUCAGUGGUGUUCAUACUGUCUUCCCAUUUUGGUUAUCUUUGCAAUGAAGAGAUUGAGGCAGAACUGAAGAACAGGAAAGCUUUUUAAUCAUGCUGAAGUAGUUGGUGUUUGUUUUUUUUUUUUUCCCUACAGAAGUUCUGUUCCAGAGCAAAGUAGUAGCAGUGGACAUACAAAAUAAAAUAUUGGCAUCUCUUGCUUUUUUAAAUGUACCAGUAUUCAUAGAAGAGGUCAUUGUAUGGCUUGAAAUAACGCCAGAAUAAGGACAAAGGAUAAACUAAUCCUUUUUAGACCCCAAAUGCCAGUAUAUAUCCUGGUAUAAACAAACAGCAGCAUAAUCUCUUCUACAUCUGGACAGGCAGCUCUUGAUGAAGGCAGCAGCAUGCCCCAGUGGCUGCUGUGCAAGUAGGUGCUGUUGUCAUUGUUGAGCAUUAACCCUCCCUUGAACUCAGGGAGGGAUGUGCAUUCCGACCUGCAGGAGGUCUUUGGUCUAUUAAUAUUCAUUAUUUAGAUUAAACUUCACAUAAAUACAAUUUUCCUUGGCCAUGAGUGUUGUUGGGGGGAUUGGGGGUAGUUUUUUAAUAAGACAACAGUUUUACAAACAAAAAUAAUGGUUGAUUAAUUAGAAAUGUUAGAUAGUGCAUCUUUGUGUAUGAGUAUUUAUUUCAAAAUGUCCCAGCAGCUUGCAAGACUGGCUUUCAUUCAGCUGCUGAACUGUCAAGGCUCUCUAUUGAACUUGUAUUUAUAGUUCACUGCAUUUAUCUCUACGAACAAUGCACAGAAUCCCAUGUGACAUUCCCUUGUCAUUUACAUGAUAAUACACAACUUAACUGUAAUUCUUAAUUCUUCUUUAGCAUUGCUUUGUAACUGGAAUGCAGCAGUUUCUGUCGAAUUCACCUCAUGAAAAUAUAUUUAAAUAAUAAACUGCUGGCAUACAUUUUAAACCACUGUGAAGAGCAAACUGCUGUGCCAAAAGCAUCUAAGGUUUUAUUUCUUUUUAAGUACUUCUAUAAUCAUGGCACAACUGUGGCUUUGAUGGCUAACGAGAAGUAAAUCUUGUUUGCAACGUCUUUAGAGCCAGAGCCUAGCUAAUUACCUCCUUCAAGAAGAAACAUGAUUUCCUAUUUGGUAACUGGUGACUACCUCAAGUUAUAUAUAAGUUAUAUAUAAGUUACAUGUUCAAAAAUGGUGUAGUUGUAGGUUGGUGUGAAACUAGAGAUGCUGUGCUAGGGAAGCAAUGCCCUGGGAAAUGUGUUCAUUCGAGAAGGAUGGACAAAACUAGCGCAGAUGGAUGACGAUACUUCGUUCUGUUGCUCUAUUUUAUUCUUCUGGUGCAGAUCAUCUUCUUUAAAAGCUUUGAAUUAUCAUUAUAUUAAGGCAAACUUACUCUUUUCUGUGUGAUUUCUUUAAGGCAAACAGUGCUUUGUAAAUCAGUGGUCUCACUAAUACGUGCACUUUUUGCAUGUAUUUUAGCUGUAUGUGCUGUGUUACAUUUGACUAUCCUCCUGCAGAACCAACUGAAACUCUAAAACUUGAUGUGUCAUUUCAGUGGUACUCCUCUAACUCUGCUUUCUUCCAGCAGAGUUUCCUUUGAGUCAGAGUAAUCAGACAGGCAAGGAAGGUUGAGAACAGGAAGACUUCAGGACCUGAAAGUUUGAGUAGAAGGUUGUCAGUAGUAGGAUCAGCAGGUUCUGGCUAUGCCUUGCCGGCAGUUCAGCAGCACUUUACCUGAGGCUCAAGGAAUUGUCUGCACAGCUUGAACCAGAAUGGGGCUGUAGGGCUUUAGACCUCACUCAGCAGAACACUUAAGGAUGCACUUCCCGCUGCUUUUCACAGCCUUUCCAUAAAGUAUGUGUUGACAGGUGGGCUUCGAUGGUGCCUUGGUCAAAUGUGGCCUCUUGCGAUGAUCUGGAGAGGGUGGGUGAGGGUCACAGCCCAGAUGUGGUCUGGGUCUGUCCCAGG